UCAAUAAUCACGCAAAAUUACUCCAAACAUUUCAGCAAACAUCUUAGCAGCCAUGAAUAUGUACGGCCUCGAUAACUCGCUCUUCGAAUUCGGUUUCAACGACCCCUCUCUCAUCGACUCGAUUUCGAGCUCCCACACGAUGAUCACCGAUAGAAGAUACCUUGAAAGAGAGGAAGAGAGCUUACUCAGACUCUCGAAUUCAAUUUUGAGAGAUAUCAAGAGGCCCAGCAGUCCGCCAAAGCGCCGGCACGACGGCACUUCGCCGCUGCCCCUUGGAAUGGAUUGGAGCCCUCCCCCUCGCAAUUGGAGUGGAGUGAACACAAUCUGGCCUCAUGAUUUCCACACAGGAUGGAGUUAUUGUGUCACAAUUCCUUCAUGGAGCAUCUUUGCUGAAUCAAGCGGCUCUGAGCCUGUAGUGUUUUACAGGGUUCAAGUUGGUUUGCAGUCGCCUGAAGGAACUACCACCACGCGUGAAGUGUUGAGGAGAUUUAGUGAUUUCUUAAAACUGUCUUCUGAUCUGAAGCAAUCCUUCCGCAAUAAGAAGUUACCCCCUGCCCCUCCAAAGGGGCUUCUGAGAAUGAAAAAUAGAACACUAUUGGAGGAACGUAGGUGUUUUUUGGAUGAUUGGAUGGCGCGGGUACUCUCAGAUAUUGAUGUCUCAAGAAGUGCUCCUGUAGCAUGCUUUCUUGAAUUAGAAGCAGCUGCAAGGUCAUCAUUCCGAGAGUCAAGCCAGAAUGACAAUUUUGUGGCUUCUGGCACUUCAGCACGGGCAUCAAACAAGUCUAGUGGUACUACUAGUGAAACAUCUGAAUCUCGAUCGGAUCUGUAUGCUAAGGAUAACAACUCUGAAUCUCAUGAGCAAAAUCCAGUCCUUGAAAACAAUUCUGAGAAUCCUGAACAAGCAACUGCAAAUGAGGCCUUCUCUGAAAAUAAUGACGUUACCAUCUCCAAAGAGUUUAGUGAUGGGAAGGUCAAAGAUCUGGAAACUGAGCUUGAAUCUUCAAAGCAAAUUGAAAAAGAAACUCUCGAGCAGGCACUAUCUAUUGAGAGGGAAAGAUUUACCCAGCUGCAGUGGGAUAUGCAGGAAUUGGGAAGAGAGUUCAUGGAGAUGGAGUUCAGAUUGAAAGCAGAACAGGAUGAGAAGGUUCAUGCUGAUGAGGAAAAAGCGUCAAUCAUUAACGAGAACGAAGCAUUGAGGCUAGAGUUGGAUUCUGCUAGAGAGCAGCUAAAAAAUUUGCAGAAAUAUCGUAAAGAAGCAGACCUGCAAUCAAAAUCAAAUGUUAAACUUCUCGUGAAAGAGGUUAAAUCACUUCGAAGUUCUCAAUCAGAAUUGAAGCAGGAGUAUGACGCAGUUUCAAAAGAAAGUGUGGAAUUAAAGACAAAACUACAAAAGGAAAGGACAAAAAGGGAUUGUAUUGACGCUGCCAACAGAAAGUUGCUGCAUGAAUGUAAUAUUCUUCGUAGUCAGCUCGAAGAAUGCGGUGUUAAUUUUUUGGUUGAGCAAGAAAAUAAGUUAAAGAUGGAGUCACCAGGUGAUGCUAUGGAGUUACUAGCAACUUCUGAAAACCGUAUUGGUCUUCUUCUGGCAGAGGCGCGACUCCUUGCACAAGAAGUAGCCACUCCAGUCUCAAGUUCAAGUCAUGAAAGUGACAAGCUAACGACAACAGAUGACGAAUUAAGGAAGAUGCUAACAGAAGUGCUCAUCGACAAUGCCAUUCUAAGGAAACAGACAACUUCAAUUAUCCGGUGUGCUUUAAAUACUACUGAUACAUCAACGCAAAACACACAGAUGAGCUAAGGAGAUGCCCCUGCCAGAAAGCUGUAAGCAGCAAGUUUUUCGAGAUAUGAUGUAACUAAGCGUGUAUGUGUGCAUAACCUGUGUAGUUAAAUGCAAAUCAUGUGUGCCUUCAUGAUGCUGCUCUAGAGAAAUACUUUAAAUAAUGUUUUUGUAUUGACCAGUUAUUCUACUUUUACACUAAAAAAAACCUGUACAUGUUUGUUUU